CACUUUCAGGUGUCACCACAAUUUCUGUUUAUAAAUAAAAAAUAAUGAAAUUUGAUACAUAACCCUAGUUCCACGUGAAAAUUAGUGAAAAUUUGGAGAUUUUUCCAUGGUGGAAAUUUGAAAUCAGUUACUGAAAACACAGAUAAUGGGUCGAAAGGGAGCAAAUUCCAGGACGAAACAACCUAGUGCAAGUAAACAUCAAAAAGGAAUAAGUGAACUUAUAGAUAAAUUGCUGAGGAUAAGUACAAUAAUACAGCAGAAGGAUGUUUCCAAAUCAUUGGAACAUCAGAAAGAAAUAAGUGCCGUACUUGAUAAGCUGAAGAAAUUCCAGUCAAAUAAUGAUUCAGUUACAUCUAGCAAUAGAUCAAGUGAUGCCAUUAUUGAUAAGUUCUCAAAGUGGUGUAAGAGCAAUGGAGCAGAAUUUAAUGGGUGUAAAAUUGAGUCCAUUGAAGGAUUUGAUUUAGGACUGAUAGCCAAUACAGAAAUUCCUGUAUCGUCUUUAGUAAUUUCAGUACCUAGAAAGUUAAUCUUAACUGUGGAAAUAGCUAGGAAAUCAGAACUUAAAACUUUACUAGAAAAAGAUCCUCUGCUUAGUAGUAUGACAAAUGUAGCAUUGGCGAUUUUUUUACUAUUCGAAAAAUUUAAAACUGAAUCGUUUUGGAAACCUUAUUUAGAUAUUCUACCUUCAAUGUACAACACAGUAUUAUAUUUUACUGUUGAAGAGUUGGAGGAGCUAAGAGGGAGUCCUACGUUGGAUCUUGCACUGCACCAAAUGAAGAGUAUUGCUAGACAAUAUGCUUACUUUUAUAAACUUUUUCAUGCCUCAAAUGAUCCAGUUUGUGUACUCAUGAGGGAUAAAUUUACCUUUGAAGAAUACCGCUGGGCGGUAUCCACAGUUAUGACAAGACAAAACACCAUACCCUCCGAAUGUCAUGAAGGUACCGUUAAUGCAUUGAUACCUCUUUGGGAUAUGUGUAAUCACAUUAAUGGAACAAUAAGCACUGAUUAUAAUCCUGAUUUGCAAAGAUGCGAAUGUUUGGCACUAAAAGAUUACCAACCGGGAGAACAGUUCUUUAUCUUUUAUGGAGCCAGAACGAAUGCUGACUUUUUUAUUCACAAUGGAUUUGUUUAUGAAAAUAACGAACACGACGGAUACUGGAUUAAGUUGGGCAUCAGUAAAUCUGAUCCACUACAAGAGAAGAGAGUAGAGUUAUUACACAAACUAAAUAUACAGCCUAGCAGUAACUUUUUUAUCAAAAAAGGACCUCUGCCCGUUGACGGAUCCUUAUUGGCGUUUGUAAGAAUAUUUAACAUGAACGAAGAGCAAAUCCAACACUGGCUGGAUAACGACCGAUCGGACGACGUGCAAUACCUAGAAUGCGCCCUAGAUACGAGUCUCGAGAAGAAAUCUUGGAUUUUUCUUCAAGCUCGUCUCAAAUUGCUGUUGGCUAUUUACAAAACCACUCUCGAUGAUGAUUUAAAGUUAUCGGAAAAUAAAGAAUUGAGUGCCAAUCGAAGACUUGCUAUUAAAAUGAGAGCGACCGAAAAAAUGGUACUUGUAAAUGCUAUUGAAUACGUAGAGCAGUACAUCAAACAAUAACUUUUUGUGUGAUAAUAUUAACAUGUGUGCAGAAAUGAAGGUUUUUUACCUCAAAUGGUCAACGUCUAUCAUAUUUAUACUGAAGUAUAGGAAAUACAUUCAUUUUCAUUAAAAAUUCAAUAUUUUCUUCAUUUCUUCAUUAAUCGGUAAUAUUUUGGGUUAUCGUCUCGAGCUAGGCUGCGAACUUUGUACUCAUUCUUCAUAAGGAGCUUCGCAGAGUCGCAGAUGGAAAGGUUGUUUUGCGUAUAGUGGUUUGGUUUAAUAUUAGCCCAAUAAAUGACCGUUUUGGAAUGUAAUUUCCAGGGCCAGCUCCGAAUUGCAUGAAAAUUUUGAUUUAGUUUCUACUUACCCUCCACUUCAAAGUUGAAUUUGUGCCGUUGGUUGCUUUUACUUGGGGGGUGACAUUUACCCCUUCUCGGUGGGUGAAAAACGCGUGUUGACAAUAAGGCCGGAAAUGGAUAAAUUGACUUAUUUUAAGCACCUUUUGUUCUGUAAAGUUUUUUACGCAAGUCAAUACUUUUCGAGUUAUUCGCGAUUUAAAAUGUUGAUUUUUCGACAAAAAAACUACGUUUUCAGACGGUUUUUUCCAAAUAACUCAAAAAGUAAAUAUUUUAUCGAAAAAAAAUAUUUUUACCAAAAGUGUAGCCUAUAAAAAAACGAAAAAAAUGGUGUACCAGUAAAGUCUACAAAUUGAGCAGAAGCAAAGUUGUAGCUCAUGAAAAAUACGUUCUUAUUCGUCUAAUUCCAAAUCGAAUAAUUCAACGCGAAAUCACCGAAGAAAGAAGCGUUUUUCGGGAAAACCUUCUUAACAUUUUUAAAGUAUCGAAAAAAAAGCUUAUUAUUUGUUUUUUUUACAAAAGUUUACAGCAUCAAAAAUAAACGAGUUACACUGAAAAAAAAUUAGCCCCUUUUUUGGGUAAAAAAAUCGUGAAAACCUCCAUCUAUUUAGCACCCUAAAUGAAAUUAAUCGUUUGGCUUUACCAUCUAUUUUAACUAUAUGUGUAUUGUUUAUAUGAUCUGUAAGUUUGAUUGGUUUGAAGUGCUUAUUUUUGAAAACAUUUGGUUUUAUAGUAAAAAGAAAUUUCUAAAAAUUUUUGAAAAAUUUCAUUUUUUCAAAAUAACGAAAAAGUAUUAGUGAUAAGAAAAAUCUUAAAGAGUAAAAAAUGUAGGUUUUGCUAUUGUAAAUAUGUUAGUUUCAUUUUGUUUCUCUGUAAUACAAAAAUUGGUUAAGAUAUGGCUGUUCAAAAUUUGCAUACACUCGUGAUUAGUGACCCAUUCAAGCUUUCUGAAUUAUAACCCUUUCAAAAAUAAACACUUUAAACCGGAGAGACUGCGUAACUCAUUUUGAGCGUAACUCGCUUAUUUUUAAUGCUAAACCUUUUGUUAACAAUUAAAACAAAGCUUUUUAUAAAUACGUUAAAAAAGUUUAAAUGGGUUUUUCCCGAAAUGUUCUUAAUUUUUCGGUGAUUUCACCUUGAAAUAUUCGAUUUGGAAUUAGACGAAUAAGAACGUAUUUUUCAUGAGCUACAACUUUGUUUUUAUUUGAUUGAUAGACUUUACUGAUACACCAUUUUUUUGGGUUUUUUAUAAGCUACACUUUUGCUAAGAAUAUUUUUUUCGAUAAAUAUUUACUUUUUGAGUUAUUUGCGAAAAACCGUCUGAAAACGUAAUUUUUUUGUCGAAAAAUCAACAUUUUCAAUGGCAAAUAAUUCGAAAAGUAUUGACUUACGUAAAAAGCUCUAUAGAACAAAAGUUACUUAAAAUCAGUCAAUUUAUCCAUUUCCGAUCUUAUCUUGAACGUAUGUUUUUUCACCCCCGAGAAGGGGUGACUGUCACCCCCAAGUAAAAGCAACCAACGGCACAAUUUCAACUUUGAAGUGGAGGGUAAGUAGAACGUAAAUCCAAAUUUUCAUGCAAUUCGGAGUUGCCCCUGAAAAUUACACGGUAUCGCCGAAUUUCCCGUUCAUUUACUGAGCUAUACCGGGUUACUGAUUUUUUAAUAUAAUAUAAUAUAAUAUUAUUAAAAUAUAUCAAAUCGUUUUUAAACAUGAGGUUCCAGUGUCUAUCUUUCAAACAAAUAUGAUGCAAUAUGGCAAAGAUCCAAGAUAACCGUUCAUAUUGCAACAAAAAAACCUAGCUGAAACACUCGUUUCACUGAGUAUCAGAAGAAUGGUUGCAUUGGUUUUUUGGACAGAUUAAGCAUUGCGGAACAGAUUAAGCAUUGUGUGGUGUACACAAGACAGCCACAAAAUUUUGUUUAAAAAUACAUUGGUGCUUAAUAGAACAACACAAUAUUAUCCACGGAUGUUUAAAUUGUCUGCAUUUAUGUAUCUCAGCGCUAUAAAAUGCAAAACCUCAUCCCAAAACGGACAUAGAUUCUAAAACUGAUACUAAAGGAAUCAAGAAGCUUGUAAAUAGCGCAGACACUUAAGAAAUAUGAAAGAUCAUCAGUAGGUGACAGAAGAGUCCGUCCACUGACCCAUCGCACUUGAUAAAUUCUGCAAUUGUGGACGAAACGUCAGGAAGAAACAAUUCCAUAUCAUGACCUAGAAACUCAUGAAACAGUAUAUUAUCUUCCAAUAAAAGCAAAACAAAUAGUUAUUAACAUUGUGCCAUUGAAUAAUAGGUAUAGAAGAAGUACAAAUUAGAGAAAAUUUACUAAUCUUUUUUGAAAUGAGGAAAAACAGAUUUAGUACAAAUUAUGAUACGCAUUCACGAGCAUUUAUUCUAAACAGUUGCUUAAUGGUAGGGGAGCAAAGUAUGCUAAAUGUGCAGUCACUCGAGCGCUUUGGGGACCUAUUGGGUUGUGAAAAGUAGGUCGUAAAACCAAAAAAAGUUAAGUAAAGUUUUCUAUUUUAGUGGGCGCUUGCCAUUUUUUAAUUUAAUUUUCCUUUUCCAACAAUCGUUUUUCCGAUUAUAACGCCAUCUAUCCAUAAUACGAAAAAAUGUUUCGAAUAAAAGUUACUUAUUUUUACGUAAGGAAUCCAAAUCUGCAGUAAAAAAUGAGGGCUCCUAUUUAAGAUUUUAAAGUAACCCCCACCCCACAUCCAUGGGGGGUCGUGUUUGGUGCCAUUCGAUAGAUUUUUCAAAAAUAUUGAAUAAGUGUAUUUUACAGUUUUUCGAUCUGAUGUUCAUUUCGCGAAAUAUCGCGGGAUUCGUAUUUAAAAUAUUAAAUUUACCCCCCACCCCUCUCCGUGGGAAGUCGUGUUUGGUAUCAUUAGAUAGAUUUUUAAAAAAUAUUGAACACAUAUUUUUUAGUUUUUCGAUCUGUCAUUCAUUUCGCGAAAUAUUCGCUUUUUUCUUGUGAAACUUCGGGACCCACUCAUUUCCUUAUUACGCCCGGCUUAAAUCGUCAGAUUUUUGAAAUAUACACUCUUUUGCAUGUACUUAACUUACCUUAUCUUAAUCUGACAAUUUCGAGUUUUUUUAAGAAUAGAUUUUUUUUUCGGGCCCCCCUUAACGAACUCCCCUGUGCUAAGAGCCAAUAUAUGGUAGAAGUACAUCUGCAGGGUACCAGGUUUCUCCCAAUAUGCUAAUCUAACGCGCUCGAGUAACUGCAAAAAUCCCCGCUUGGGCUCCCCUACCAUAAUGUACUUCCACUCUAACUUUUCCCAUGCAUGAAAUUAUUUACGAAUUACUUUUUUUACUAGGUCUCUUUUUAACUCACAGAAACUAGUAUCGCAAAAUUAAGCCGGUUUUCCAUAGAAAUCACAAUAAGUUAAGCAAGGAUAAACAAUAAAGAAUGUCCUUGAUAGCUUAUGAAUUUCGACGUUUAUAAUUUUCAAUGACAAUGACAAUUUAUUUUUAUUUGCAUUUAUUGUUUAUUUUGUGUUACAAAUCAAUUUAUCAAUACAGUUUAUUUGGUUUUAUAUUUAUAAAAAAUAAUAAUAUUUCAGUUAAAUAAAGGAAAAGUUGCAAUUCUGACUUUUGGGUCUCCAGACAAAGACGAGUAUUAGUAAUAUCGUAUUGUUGGUAAUUCAAUUUGUGAAAAAUUUGCAUUUGUAUCACUGUUUCCCCAAAGGUUUGAUAUAUUAAAAAAAUUGUUUUUUUUAUGUAAUUCACUCAAUAGUUUUGUAUUUCUCAACCUUAGGUAAUGGCUAAAUGGGCGCAGAUCCCAAAGGCCAUAAAAGAAAAAAAAAACCUUAGGUAAUAUAUAUUAAAUCUUCUUAACAAUAGUAACUUCUUUGUUGUUGUGACUUUUUUUAAUUUAUUUAUUACCGUUCUAUAUUUAUCUUUAUAUUCGUAAUAGUCUAUGGCGUUAUAGUUAUUAAGGUACCAAGGGUAUUAGAAGGAUAAUAACGCUUGAGGUCAAUGGUGUAUAUACCGAGGGCCUUUGGUCCCAGGGAUAUAUGUUGACCGAAAGCGUUAUUAUCUAUAAUACCCGUGGUGCCUUCGACGUUUAAUGUCCGACUAAAGUAUUCUUUAUAUGAAAAAAUUUGAAUGAAUUUUGAAUUAAUUAGUUUUCAAAUAAGUACAUUUACCAGCAAUAGUCGUAACGUAAUUGUGGUAACCAUAGUUUUACUUAGGUUGUUAUUUGUCAACUUCACAGUAUUUAACUAGUUAUUCAAAUUUAAUACCCUAAAGGCAAGCGUCCACAGACCCGCAUCGUACGCAUCGUACGCAACGGAUUUUAGUUUGCCUUGUACAGAAACUUAUGUAACCGCGUCCACUGAUCCGCAUCGUACGGAUCGCAUUAUCGAUUGUCAAACUAAAAUCCGUUGCGUACGAUGCGGGUCUGUGGACGCUUGACUUAAAGGUACGAUUCCGACAUCGACUGCAGGCAGCAGACGGCAACUGCAAAUGGCAGUUACAGUUGUUACCAUGACAUCUAACUGCAAUUGCUGUCCGACAGAACGUCAGUUGCUAAUAAUUAUACAUAUUAAUAGUGCAAAGUAAAUAUGUAUGUCUUGGUAACAACUGUAACUGCCGUUUGCAGUUGCCGUCUGCCGCCUACGGCCGACGGCCUUCCGUCGAUGUCGGAAUCGUACCUUAAGGCGUUAUUUUUUUAAAAUAACGCCCUAGGGCAUUAUAUCAUACUUAGCUGACUUCGAAAUCAUGUCAUUAUUUGUCAAAUAAUAAUGUAACAGUCGGACAUUAAAGCUGUUUAAUGUUGAGUCCAUCAAUCUCCUCAAUAAUGAAAAAAAGAAUAAACACUUCAAUAAAUUAACUUUAUAAAAUACGUUCACAGGAUAAUAGCCAUUUCCUAAUUAUUAUCACUUACAAUCUGACGGUACGUAUCAAUGGGUCUGGGUCUACCCCAAAAUCCCAACAGCCAAAAUCCCGACAGCCACAAUCCCGACGGCCAAAAUCCCGACUCGCCAGAAUCCCGACAGGCCAAAAUCCCGACAGCCAGAAUCCCGACAGGUUUGAUAAGUUCCUUUUUAACAUAUAAUUACCUUUAUUUCUUGUUUUUGGUUUAUGGCCAUCUGUUUUUUAUUUUUUGUUACCAAACAAAUGUAUUUUGUAUUAAAAGUAUUAAACAAAAGUCGGAAUUUUUACUUAUGCGAGGAUUGUUGCAUGUCGGGAUUUUGGCCUGUCGGGAUUCUGGCGUGUCGGGAUUUUGGCUGUCGGUAUUUUGGGCGGCACCGGUAUCAAUGAUCUACAUACACAUCGACGUACGUUUCACUUUAUUUUUUGAUUUAACUUGCUUGAAAAUUAAUUGUGACUCAUGGGAAAAGUUAUAGUGGAAGAACUAUAUUUGGGAAAUAUGGUAGGUAAUAGAGUAUUAGAUGUAAGUUUUGAAAAAAAAAUGUAACUUAUAAGUAAGAGAAAUACUGAGAUAAUAGAAAAAUAUGGCAUUAUUUUAUCAAACAUUAAUUAAGAGAUUAUUCUUUAUAAAUGGGUUCUGAAACUGCUUUCUUGUAUCAUGUCUAAAUUAAACAUAUUUAUAUGGAUUACGCCACAAUUGAUUAUAAGGAAAAUUACAUUUUAUAAUUAUUGUUAUUUGACGUCUCGAUUUCCAUUCUGGAAAUCGUUUUCCAAAAAUAUUAUUUUUAAUUUUUGUGCUGUUAUUAUAACCAAUAGUUUUUUUUUGGCGGUUAUAACCGUCCAAGCAAAUUUAGACUCAUUACAGAUUACAACUAUUACAGAUAUAUUUUUUAUGAUAAUACAGAAUACUUAAAAUUGUGUAAACAUGCUCGUUUUGGCAUUUCUUUAACAAAAAUUAUAAAUUUGUAUCAGAUGAUUGUAUAUCCUUUAUAUAUUUGUUAUCAAUGUCUUUAAUCAAAUGUACCUAAAUCACACAGCAAUUUUUAUCAAAAUUUAUUUCAUAUACUUUAUUACCAACAAUAUUGAUAUUUAGCUUUUGAUCUUCGAUUUCAUUUUAAAAUAUUUAUUUAUUCGAUGUCAUUUAAUUAUUUAUUUAUUAUUUAAGAUUGACGUUAUCAUACGUGUUUGAUUUUCAAGUAACUCACUUUUCAUUGUCAUUAAUUCAGAUAAUUAUACACUCACCGACACAAAAUUCCGCCACCCAAAAUUUUUGAUUAAGUUUGACAAUCUAUAACUUUAUUAUUUGUACUCCGAUUUUCAAGAUUCUUGCAUCAGUUUGUAAGUACAGUCCGUCUAAUUUACUUACCGUUGCACGUCAUUAUCUACGUUAGAAAUCUAAGUUGACAUUGUUGCCCAAUUACAAAAAAUUCUUGAAUUCAUUUUAAAUCAAAUACAUAGUACAUACAUAAAUCAAAUACAUACAAGUGGAUUAUACAGCAAAACAAAUUAAUAUUCAAUGUAAAUAAAUAAAAACUUUAAAAAUAGAAAACAAUAAUUAAGUUAUAAUCUUACGUUAAAGUACAUAAUAAAAACAGUAAAUAUAAUGAAACAAAUACUUAUACAUAGUAAAGAAUAUAAACAAAUAUGAAAAGUCAUCACUGCAACUGUCAAAUAAAUGUUACCAAUUUAUGCUAAAAUAUCACCUUCGAUCGAUUAUAGUUACAGUGCAUUCCGAACAAAUGUGCUUCAUAAAAACGCUUUAUAAUCCAUUUAUACAAAUUAAAUGAAACAUAUUAUUGUGUAUUUCUUUAAGUUAACAUUAAUAGAAAUCUUCAAAUAUUAUUUCUACGCGUAUAUAAUAAAAUAUGUCUAGUGGCUCUAAUGCCAGUGUACUCGGCAAAGUGAUUCUAAAACAGAACACACCUACCGCCUAAAUAUUUCGUGUUGGUAUCAUGUCACGUCACGGGCUAUGACGCGGAUGACGUGCAACGGUAAGUAAAUUAGAUGGAGUAUACAUGUAUUUAUGUCGUUUGUUAUUAUUCCGGUAACAAAAAAAUUUUGCUUAGAUGGCAUCAUACGGGGGUGGAUGGAAGCGUUGUUUUUCUCCUAACUUUAAAAAAUUCCCCUUAAAUACCCCUUUUGUAUUAUCCUGGAGGUAUUUUGUUUUUUGAAUUAUCUGAAUAUAUCUUUUCUUAUAAGGGUUGUAAACACUGCUGUGAAGGUUAAUUUAAUUAAACAUAUCAAAUGCACUAAAAUGAACAAAACAAAAUAAAAUUAACAACAAAACAAAAAAUUCAAUGUCUGUCCACCUCUUGCAGCAAAGACUGCUCGCAAUCUGUUUAGCAUCGAAUAAAGAUGUGUUAUCGUUGCCUGAGGAAUAGCCUGAUAUUCCUCUACUAGGGCCAUAACAAUACCAAAUUUUCUGGAGGCCUAGGAUGACGGCGAAUAGCUUUUUCUAAUUCAUCCCAUAAAUGCUCAAUAGGAUUGAGAUCUGGGCUGCACGCGGGCCAUUCUAAUCUUAUCAAUCUAACCUCUAUUUUAUGAGUCAAUCAGUGUUUUUAUUUACAAAAAAUGGUACUGCUCUUACAAAAAAAGAGAUAUUCGGAUAAUUCAAAAAACUAAAUUUUAGAAAAAGACUACAGGACAGGGUAAGAAGUGAGGAAAUCAGACGCAUAUGUGGGGUACACAAUAUAAAUACCUGGGCAAAGAACAGAAAAGAAGAGUGGAAUCAACACAUAAGCAGGAUGUCUGAAUCAAGGAUAGUAAGAAUAGCCAGGGACAAGUCACCGUUAGGCAGAAGAAGUAUAGGACGCUCAAGGAAAAGAUGGAAUGACAAUUUAGGGGCAGAAUGAAAGGCACCGUUGAAGAAAAAAAGGCAGUACUACCUAUAUAAAAGAAGAAGAAGAAGAAAAUUUGAGUGAUACCUCCGGGAUAAUAUGACAGGACUAUGAAACAAAAUCAGCUAUUCUAUUUUUCCGCAGAAUUUUUUAAAGUUAUGAGAAAAUACAACGCUUCCAUUCACCCCUCUACAUGGUGAUUGAUUAGUACGGUAAAGCUCAAUACCUCCGCUAUAGUAAUAGAUAACAAUAAAAGUUAAUAACAAAAAUUUUAGCCACCUUUGAGCUUCACAUUACAAAAUUAGUUAGAAUGUUACAGGGUGUUCGAUAACAGUGGCAGACCUAGCUUAUGUUUUUUUAAAUGGAACACCCUAUAUUUUAUUUUAUAUUCGAAAUCCUGUUAACUUCUCCAUCACAAAAAUAUAAAGGUUUGUAAUGUUAUACAGGGUAUUUACAAAGUUAUAACCAAUUUUGUAUGAAAAUCGUAACAAGUUCAACUCCCUGUAUAAAUAAAAAUAAGCACAACAGCAAUGGUUUAUUAAUCCCAUAUUUUUUUAUUUAUUGUCAAAAUUUUUAAGAAUUAUUGAUAUUGCUAAUUUUCUUUAUAUCAAAUACAGGGUGAGUCAAAACGCAAGUACAUUAUUCUCUCAGUAAUGUUAAAUGGAACACCCUGUAUUUUAUAUCAUUAUUGAAAAGUAACAUUAACGUACUUUAAUUUUUAUAUAACAUUCCCUAUGCCCAAAUUUAUUAGUUUUCGAGAUAUUUUCAUUUGUCAGAGCAAAUUAUUUUAGGUGUUUAAAUUUAUCUAAAUUUUAAGUAAGCCAUGACUGAAUUGACAAUUGAAGAUUACCGAUUAUCAAUCCGGUAAUCAAUGUAACACUGUAGCAAAUAAACAAAUAAAAAUAAUUUAUUAGUAAUACAUUUUACAAACAAAAACACAACCACUACAUGCAACAUUUUUGAAACAAUUAAAAACUAUCUUUUUAUGUAAAUGCAACAAAUAAACAAAGAAAAUUAGUAAUAAAUUUUACAAAAAAACACACAAACACAAAAUACAAUAUUUUGUGAAGACAAUUAAACACUACUUUUGUAUGUAAAUGUAACAAUGUAACAAAUAAAGAACGAAACAUAAUUUAUCAGUAAUACAUUUUGCAAAAAAACAUGUUUGAAAAAGUUAGAAGCUACUUUUAAUAAAAUAUUUCUAAUAUUUAAUUACAUAAGGUGUUCAAAAUUAUCUCCUAACACAUUUAUGUACGCCUAAAACGAUCAUUGAAUGAGCUACUUACUCUACGGAGCAUUUGUAAAUUAACACAUCGAAAUACACUUUGUAUUCUAUUUUUCAUCUCAUCCCUUGUUGUUGGAGGUAUUUUAUAAACUUCAUUAUUAACGUAACCCCAAAAAAAUCAGUCCAGUUUAUUAAAUUCUGGUGAUUUUGGUGGCCACGCUACUGGUCCAUUGAAAAAUGAAAAUAUUUUGAAAACUAAUAAAUUUAGACAUAUGGAAUGUUAUCUAAAAAGUAAAGUACGGUAAUGGUACUUUUCAAUAGUGAUAUAAAAUACGGGGUGUUCCAUUUAAAAUUACUGAGAAAAUAAUGUACUUGCGUUUUGACUCACCCUGUAUUUGAUAUAAAGAAAAUUAGCAAUAUCGACCAUUCUUGAAAAUUUUGACAAUACGUUAAAAAAUAUAGCAUUAAUAAACCAUUGUUGUUUUGCUUAUUUUUAUAUUUAUACAGGGAGUUGAACUUGUUGCGAUUUUCAUAUAAAAAAUUGGUUAUAACUUUGUAAAUACCCUGUAUAACAUAACAAACCUUUAUAUUUUUGUGAUGGAGAAGUUAACAGGAUUUCGAAUUUAAAAUAAAAUAUAAGGUGUUCCAUUUAAAAAAACAUAAGUUUGGUCUGCCACUGUGUUAUCGAACACCCUGUAACAUUCUAACUAAUUUUGUAAUGUGAAGCUCAAAGGUGGUUAAAAUUUUUGUUAUUAACUUUUAUUGCUAUCUAUUACUAUAGCGGAGCUAUUGAGCUUUACCCUACUAAUCAAUUAACCUGUAUAAUGCCAUGCAAGGAAAAGUUUUGUGUUACCGGAAUAAUACCAAAUGAUAUCAAUACAUGUACCUACAAAUUGCUGCAAGAAUCUUGAAAAUGGGAGCACAAAUAAUAAAGUUAUGAAUUGUCAAACUUAAUCAAACAUUUUGGGUGGCGGAAUUUUGUACCGGUGUGUGUAUUUGUGGUUUAAAAUUUAACAGCGAAUGUGCAUUAUUUUAUAAGGAUUGUUUUACAAAUUUAUAAGUUAUACAUGUUAAAAUAAGUACUUGUAAAAAAUAUAUCAAUUAAAAAUUU